AUGCUGCCUGCCCCCAGCCCGCCCCCAGCCCCCAGCCCACCCCCAGCCCGCCCUCAGCCUGCCCCCAGCCCCCAGCCCGCCCCCAGCCCGCCCUCAGCCUGCCCCCAGCCCGCCCCCAGCCCGUCCCCAGCCGGUCCCCAGCCCUGGAAUAAGGACGGCAGCAUCUUCAACGUUACAGAACAUGUCAUUAGUGGAAUGUUGCAAUUAUGGUGGAGCAAAGAUGUUGAUCCUGCUCUCAUCCACACCGCCCCGGCGGCUCUCAUCCACACCGCCCCGGCGGCUCUCAUCCACACCGCCCCGGCGGCUCUCAUCCACACUGCCCCGGCGGCUCUCAUCCACACCGCCCCGGCGGCUCUCAUCCACACCGCCCCGGCGGCUCUCAUCCACACCGCCCCGGCGGCUCUCAUCCACACCGCCCCGGCGGCUCUCAUCCACACCGCCCCGGCGGCUCUCAUCCACACCGCCCCGGCGGCUCUCAUCCACACCGCCCCGGCGGCUCUCAUCCACACCGCCCAGGCGGUCAUCCACACCGCCCCGGCGGCUCUCAUCCACACCGCCCCGGCGGCUCUCAUCCACACCGCCCCGGCGGCUCUCAUCCACACCGCCCAGGCGGUCAUCCACACCGCCCCGGCGGCUCUCAUCCACACCGCCCCGGCGGCUCUCAUCCACACCGCCCAGGCGGCUCUCAUCCACUCCGCCCAGGCUGUCAUCCACACCGCCCCGGCGCCUCUCAUCCACUCCGCCCAGGCUGUCAUCCACACCGCCCCGGCGGCUCUCAUCCACCCCGCCCCGGCGGCUCUCAUCCACACCGCCCCGGCGGCUCUCAUCCACUCCGCCCAGGCUGUCAUCCACACCGCCCCGGCGGCUCUCAUCCACACCGCCCCGGCGGCUCUCAUCCACUCCGCCCAGGCUGUCAUCCACACCGCCCCGGCGGCUCUCAUCCACACCGCCCCGGCGGCUCUCAUCCACACCGCCCCGGCUCUCAUCCACACCGCCCCGGCGGCUCUCAUCCACACCGCCCCGGCGGCUCUCAUCCACACCGCCCCGGCGGCUCUCAUCCACACCGCCCCGGCGGCUCUCAUCCACACCGCCCCGGCGGCUCUCAUCCACACCGCCCCGGCGGCUCUCAUCCACACCGCCCCGGCUCUCAUCCACACCGCCCCGGCGGCUCUCAUCCACACCGCCCCGGCGGCUCUCAUCCACACCGCCCCGGCGGCUCUCAUCCACACCGCCCCGGCUCUCAUCCACACCGCCCCGGCGGCUCUCAUCCACACCGCCCCGGCGGCUCUCAUCCACACCGCCCCGGCGGCUCUCAUCCACACCGCCCCGGCGGCUCUCAUCCACACCGCCCCGGCGGCUCUCAUCCACACCGCCCCGGCUCUCAUCCACACCGCCCCGGCGGCUCUCAUCCACACCGCCCCGGCUCUCAUCCACACCGCCCCGGCGGCUCUCAUCCACACCGCCCCGGCGGCUCUCAUCCACACCGCCCCGGCUGUCAUCCACACCGCCCCGGCGGUCAUCCACACCGCCCCGGCGGUCAUCCACACCUCCCCGGCGGUCAUCCACACCGCCCCGGCUCUCAUCCACACCGCCCCGGCGGCUCUCAUCCACACCGCCCCGGCGGCUCUCAUCCACACCGCCCCGGCGGCUCUCAUCCACACCGCCCCGGCGGCUCUCAUCCACACCGCCCCGGCGGCUCUCAUCCACACCGCCCCGGCUCUCAUCCACACCGCCCCGGCGGCUCUCAUCCACACCGCCUAG